CAGAUUUUGAUGGGGCCGGGGCUAUCGCAGCUGAGCAUCUGUCAGGAGUCAACUGGAUACUUCUUGAACAAUCUUUUGGAGCCACAAAUUAGGAAAGAAAGAAAUGGCGCAAUCCUCUGGAGAUGACCAUGUGGUUCUAUACCCAGCCUGCUUGGAUGACGAAGGCGCAAGGGAGCUGGUCAGCAAGCUCUAUGGCUGGUCAGUUGACCAGAUCAAGCAACUUCCUGGCUACGACGAUCUGAAUUUCUUCAUUAAGAUCAAGAGCUCCAGCUCUGCCGAGUGCAGCGAAUUUGUCCUGAAGGUGAUCAACUCGCGAGAGUCCGGCAACCCCGAUUGGAUUCAGGCCGAGACGGACGUCCUUCUUCACCUGACGGAGUCUGGGAUACCCUGCCCCACCCCUGUGAAAAACUUGAGCGGAGACUACCUCAGUUUGGAAGAGAUUGUUGAUAAAUCUGGUAAGCAGCCGACAGGAUUGAAGUUCAUUGUACGCAUGCUGGUAUUCCUCCCGGGAACGAUAGUCCGAGAACUUUAUCAGCCAGGUACUACAGUGCCCGAUAAGUGUUUCUAUACGAUGGGACAGUUUCUGGCAACCAUUGACAAGGCAUUGCUGGAUUUCCAAGGGCCAUCGAUAGCACCCUUGGAGAAGAAGGCCAGAGAGUUUAGGUGGUCCCCAAACUGCAUCCCGUUAGUGCGUGAUAUACUCUGGGCGGUCACGGACGUGGAGAAACGCAAGCUGGCCGAGGAGGUUCUGGAAGAAUUAGAGACGCAGGUUGCGCCAAAGAUGGCUGAUUUACGACGAUGCGUUCUCCAUACUGACUUCAACGACAUGAACAUCGUCCGUCAGCAAGAUGGACCUGCCCCCAGCGAGACCCAGUGGCACACGGCCGGCGGCCUGGACAUACCGGCCAAUCAGGACUCUUGGCUGGGUGACCUCGGGGUCAUUGACUUCUCGGACAUUGUCUAUUCCAACUUGCUGUUUGACGCCGGCAACUCCCUGGCAUACAUGAUGAUGAGCCAGCCCCACGGGGAUCCUCUGGUUUCUGGUGCUCACUUUUUGGCAGGCUACAACUCGGUGCUCCCCCUGACGUCCACCGAGAUGAGCCUACUCCGAUGCUGCAGCGCGGCCCGCCUGGUACAGAGCCUGGUCAAUGGUCUGCAUGCCUACUCCCAGCAUCCAGACAACGGGUACGUGCUAGACACGCAGAGGACAGGCUGGAACGUGCUGGAACGACUCUGGAGCAAACCCAACCAGGAGCUGCUGAGCAUGUGGGAGAGCAUUGCGGAGCUUUACCGUCCAUCCAUGGAAAAUCCACCUUCAUCAAGCCAUUCCAAAGAAGACACCGAUUCGUCAUCAAAUUCCUGCUCCAUCGCAAAGAUCACGCCCACCCUCUCGUCAAAAGACGUGAAGAGGCUUCUCCAGAAAUUGUACUCGGUCCAGACGCAGGACGUCAGGAACAUCCGAGAGUUCAUUGCCUAUGACGAUCAAAACUUCUACGUCCUGCUUGGGGGCGGGGACUCUGCGACGAGGGUGGGCGGCCAGGAGUUUGUGCUGAAGGUGAUCAACUCAGAAGAUUCGGCAGACAGGGUGGCCUUUGACAUGCAGGUUGCCGUCUUGCGAUUUCUGACAGAUAAGGGAUUCUGCUGCGCCACACCAGUAGCAAAUGUACAGGGUGGUUUCCUGAGCUUGGAAAAGAUGUAUAUGAACAGCCGAGGAGGAGACUGUGAUGACCAAAAGCGAUGCGGGUAUUUCUUGGUGUUUCUACUGACAUUCAUCUCCGGUCAGACCAUAAGUAAGGUCAGUCCCGUUCCUGAGCAACUGUGCUAUGAUGUUGGAGUGAAGAUGGCACAAAUGGAUCGAUUAUUGUGGGAUUUUCAAGACAUCCCUGACAGUUUCAAAGACAGAGCGUCAUCUUUCAUCUGGGCCAUGGAAAGCCUCCCAAGGGUACGCAAUCAUUUGGACGAGGUUAAGGAUGCGAGGAGGCGAGAGCUUGCUGAAAGUGUCUUCAAGACCUUUGAGGAGGAGGUUUCCCCUGAAAUAAGCACACUGAGAAAGUGUAUUAUUCACAGCGACUACAAUGAUGACAACAUCCUAGUUACAAAAACAAGUUCGGACCUUAGGUCUCCUGAAAGCAAAACAAACAAUGGUGACCCAUCACCGCCGACCAAAAGGACAAAAAGUGAACCCAUGUAUGGCAUCACAGGGGUCAUCGACUUUAGCGACAUUGUCUACAGCUGUCUUGUCUUUGAGAUCGCCCAAGCCAUGGGCCUGAUGUUAUACUGGAAGGCAUCUGAUCCCACUGCUGCCACCGCUCAACUCCUGGCUGGCUUCCAGUCUGUGAUACCCCUCACUCCCGAGGAGCUGAAAGUACUGUACACCUGCAUGGUGGCACACGUGGCCAAGGAGUUAGUGCUUGGCCUUUACAACCAUCGCCUGCAGCCGGAGAACCCCCACAUAACCACAUCCCAAGCCAAGGGGUGGAGGUAUCUGGAGGAGCUGUGGGGAGACCCUAAUGGUAGAGCCAGGGUCGAGAAGCUGUGGAAAGACACUGCUGCUGUGUACAAAAAGGAACCAGCUUGACAUGUAAAUAAGCCUCUGUACUAAUGACGUCACACUUUGUUUACGUGUGUGCUUUCCUAGGGUGCUCAGUGGACCGUGGGCCCCCAAUGGCUCCAUAGGAAAGUGCACAUGUGACAUUAUUAGUACAGAGGCUUAUAUUCCAUGCUCAAAAAUCUCCUUGAUGGCGA